AUCAUUCCUAGCACCAACGGCCUCUGCUGCUCACAUCCUGUCCGGUGAAGAUAUCGGGCGGCUGCAGAACCAAACCUAGUCUGAGGCUGCUAUAUUUCGUAAUUAAAUCAAUAAAAUAUUGAUUGAAAUAACUCAGACCACCGUGAACGAUAAAUAAAGAGCACAAUGAUCCGCUUUAUCCUCAUCCAGAACCGAGCAGGGAAGACCCGGCUGGCCAAGUGGUACAUGCAGUUUGAUGAUGAUGAGAAGCAGAAGCUGAUUGAAGAAGUGCAUGCCGUAGUGACAGUCCGUGAUGCCAAACACACCAACUUUGUAGAGUUCAGAAACUUCAAGAUCAUUUACAGGCGAUACGCUGGCCUGUACUUCUGCAUCUGUGUGGAUGUGACGGACAAUAACCUGGCCUACCUGGAAGCCAUUCACAACUUUGUUGAGGUUUUGAAUGAGUAUUUCCACAAUGUGUGUGAAUUAGACCUGGUCUUCAAUUUCUACAAAGUGUACACCGUGGUGGACGAGAUGUUUCUGGCAGGAGAGAUCCGAGAGACCAGCCAGACAAAGGUGCUCAAGCAGCUCCUCAUGCUGCAGUCUUUGGAAUAACGAGCCUGUCAAUCAAUCAGCCACCUAUGCUGCAGGCUCCGCCCAUCUCCACAGGCUCCGCCCACCCUGCUGCAGCCAAGCCAUAUUAUUCGCGUGAAUGGAAGUCUUGCUGUAACACAUCCACCGACAUUUCACCCUUUCUUUAAACUCCAUGUCCACGAUGAAGGAUGUUGUUAUUCAGUUCAAGUUGCUAUGUUUAUUAAACCUCCCCGGUUAUUGACCUAUUUACUCAUCGGCAUAGACAGAAUUGAAUACUUCAGCGAUUUUAUAGUACAUUAGACUUCAAUGUCUCGGACUGGCAACCUUUCCAAGUCCGUUCAUUAACACUAACACAGAUAAUAGCAUCACUUUGGCUUGGAAGCUUCGGUCCUGUAAAUGCAAAAUCCAUGGGCGGCACUACUAUAUAUAAAACUUGAUUUUAUCAAACCAAUCCUCCCCAAGCAUGUCCAGCUCAAAGUCCAGUCAAAACCUGUGAAGAUCGUUUUGUAUUGUGUACGUUAUAUAUGCAACUAUUUUAUUGUAAAUGUUAUGAACUAACCAGUCAUUCCUGGCAUCUAAGCACUCUGUUUCUGCUUGUUUGAAGUCUGUUGGUUUUAUGGAGAACUCGAGCCAGUGAUUAGCGAGCGCUUUAGAGAACAAGGAAGAGUGGAACUCAGGGGGGAAAUGACAAAAGAUGGUCUACUUUUAAUUUCCCCUUUUGUGGCGGCGGUUCCCUCGCGCCAAGAGCUCUAUGGCAACUGCUCAGCCUUGAAACACUCCACUGCAGUUUCUUUCAUGAGUUGCUAUGAGAAUCUGUCUUUAAUUUUUAUGUGUAUGUUUCAUAUUUCAUAUUUCCUUGAGUCCAGGGUAUUCUAGAUCUGCCUAUUUGUCCCCGAGAGAUUGCGGAGUAAAAGUUGAUGUAAGUCGUGUUACUGUCACGUGUGUGUUGCUGUCAGUGUAUAUAUCCAUACAGGUGAAAUAAAUAAAAUUACAACUGUAUUUCAUACAA